AACCCUCUCCAAUUGGGAUCUUGAGUUUGAUCGUUGGGCCCCAUCAGUCGUUCGUGUAGUAUGGAAGGGACCUCCCCUUGUCAGACGUAGCCUUGCGAAUCAAAUCAAGUCAGUCAGGUUUAACGUGUUACUGACCACCUAUGAGUACGUCAUGAAGGACAAGGGUCCACUAUCAAAGACGAAAUGGAAAUACAUGAUUAUUGAUGAGGGACACAGAAUGAAGAACCAUCAUUGCAAACUGACACAGAUAUUGAACCAGUACUACGAAGCACCACACAGGCUCCUAUUGACUGGUACUCCUCUACAGAACAAUCUCCCUGAGUUAUGGGCUUUGCUUAAUUUCCUCCUUCCAACCAUUUUCCAGUCCUGCAAUAACUUUGAGCAAUGGUUUAAUGCACCUUUUGCAAUGACAGGAGAAAAGGUUGAGCUAAAUGAAGAGGAGAAGAUUCUAAUCAUAAGACGUCUUCACAAAGUUUUGCGGCCAUUUUUGUUGCGACGAUUGAAGAAGGAAGUUGAAAAUCAGCUACCAGAUAAAGUUGAGUAUGUUAUAAAGUGUGAUAUGUCGGCACUCCAGAGACAAAUGUAUGUUCACAUGCAAAAGAAAGGAAUCCUACUAACUGAUGGAUCUGAAACCAACAGGAAGGGUAAAGGAGGUGCCAGGGCCCUCAUGAAUACCAUCAUGCAGUUACGUAAAAUCUGCAACCAUCCUUUCAUGUUUGAGGAGAUUGAAGACGCCAUUCUAGAGCACCAGGGCCUCUCGGGGAACACUCCUAAUGCCUCCAUUGCUACUACAGCUGAUCUUUAUAGAGCCUCAGGUAAAUUUGAGCUCUUGGAUAGGAUGCUGCCGAAAUUUAAGGAGACGGGACAUCGAAUAUUACUGUUCUGUCAGAUGACACAGUUGAUGACUAUAAUGGAGGAUUACCUCCAAUGGAGAGGUAAA